AUGUUUUUCCCGAAGCGCAUCUUUCUUGCUCUUUCAAUACCCGCUCAGAUUAUCGUGAGGAGGGCGCUUGGUGCCUCGAAGGCUGACGCCUUUGAAGGCUGGCGCCUUGUUCGCAGGCGCCUUUGGCGCCCUGUUCGCAGGCGCCAUGGCGCCUUGUUCGCAGGUGCCUUUGGCGCCUUGUUCGCAGGCGCCAUGGCGCCUUGUUCACACGCGCCAUGGCGCCUUGUUCGCAGGCGCUUUGGCGCCUUGUUCGCUGGCGCCAUGGCGCCUUGUUCGCAGGCGCCAUGGCGCCUUGUUCGCAGGCACUUUGGCGCCUUGUUCGUUGGCGUUAAUCCCUCCUACCCCGCCGUCGCCAUUUCCUCCCAUCUCGUCGCCACCUCUCACCCCAUCGCCGCCUCUCACUCCCACCCCCUUGUCGCCUCUCCCUCGCUCCCUGCCAUCGUCACUACCUCCCACCCCACCGUCGCCACUCCCUCUUAUCCCGCCGCCGCCUCUUCUCCAAUCCCGCCGCCGCCACUCCCUCCUAUCUCGCCGUCGCCUCUCCCCCCUCCCCGCCAUCGCCUCUCCCUCCUCCCCGUUGUCGCCUCUCCCUCCUCCUCGCCAUCGCCUCUCCCUCCUCCCCGCCGUCGCCUCUCCCUCCUCCCCGCCGUCGCCUCUCCCUCCUCCCCGCCGUCGCCUCUCCCUCCUCCCCGCCGUCGCCUCUCCCUCCUCCCCGCCGUCGCCUCUCCAUCCUCCCCGCCCGUCGCCUCUCCCUCCUCCCCACCGUCGCCUCUCCCUCCUCCCUGCCGUCGCCUCUAG